CUUCCUCCAUCAUCACCGAGGGCGAAUCUAGGAUCACAAUUGCUUCAUACCUCUUGCGCUCGUUGCGCAGGCUAUAUACCGAGAUGGUGAUAGAUAAUUCGAUAAACACUGCAUCCUCACCAGCUCCCCCAUGCAAGCUUCGAGGGUACCAAUUCUAUCACGAGAUUCUUAAGAGUCCAAAAUAUAUCGUCGCACCUAUGGUUGAUCAAAGCGAAUUGGCUUGGAGACAACUCUCUAGACGAUAUGGCGCGCAGUUAGCAUACACUCCCAUGAUCAAUGCCAAAAUGUUCGCGGGGACAAAGCAGAAAGGAUACCGCGACACCAAUUUCAACACUAUUUAUGGCGAAGAAGGCGGCGCAGGCGACCGCCCAUUGAUCGUACAAUUCUGCGCCAACGACCCCGACCAGCUUCUUGAAUCCGCUCGCAUCCUAGAACCUCAUUGCGAUGCAAUCGACAUCAACCUCGGUUGUCCACAAGACAUCGCACGUAAGGGAAAAUAUGGCAGUUUCUUGCAGGACGACUGGGACCUGAUAUAUAAGCUCAUCAACACUCUUCACACGAACCUCACCAUCCCCGUCACUGCUAAAUUUCGUGUCUUUUCCUCACUGGAAAAGACCGUAGAGUAUGCAAAAAUGUUGGAAAGGGCAGGUGCACAAAUACUCACAUGUCAUGGGCGCACGCGGGAACAGCGAGGUCAUAACACCGGUCUAGCAGACUGGUCGAAAAUUCGCGCUGUGAAAGAAGCGGUUUCUGUACCCGUCUUCGCCAAUGGGAACAUACUCUAUCACUCGGACAUAGAACGAUGCCUUGCCGAGACGGGAGCAGACGGUGUCAUGUCUGCUGAAGGACAACUCUACAAUGCCGCAUUAUUUUCACACUCUCAGUCGCCCAUUUCGUCGUCAUCUCUACUGCCGCACAAAGGACUCUACCCUCCUCAUACUCAGCUCGCUCUAGAGUAUCUCCAGAUCGUAGAAUCUCUCAAGACCCCCACGCCCCUGAGUGCAAUCAAAGGUCACUUGUUCAAACUCAUGCGGCCCGGGCUUGUAAAGCAUCCCGACUUACGGGAUAAAUUAGGCAAAACCAGGGGCAAGGAGGGUGGUGGUGUCAGAGCAUUUUUUGAGAUCGUAGAGGAGCUGGCGGAACGCAUGGAGAAAGACCAACACGAGGCUAGUGUCAACGGAGAGCCCAAUCUUGAGGAGAAGAUCCCACACUGGCUCGCGCAACCAUAUUUUAGACCAUUACCUCUGAUGGAAGGCAACUCCGCUAGAAAGACUGGUGAGUCCACGUUCAAUUGA